AAUAAAAUAAGUAUCAUUUUAGUCUCAGCACAAUUGAAUCCGUUCCAUUCCAUUACCGCCGCACAUCCUUCUGCUGCCACCCCAAUUGAAGCAGUGAUCAGUUUGGUUGGACUGUAAGGAAACAAGCUCACCCCACUACCCUUUAAUGGCUGCAGAGGGAUCGGCUAUCACAGAGGAGGAGAUAACUCUCACUGUGAAAUGGAGCGGUAAAGAGUACACUGUCCGACUUUGCGCCGACGAUUCCGUCAGUGAGUUAAAGCGCCGAAUCAGCCAACUCACCAAUGUCUUACCCAAACGCCAGAAGCUUCUCUACCCCAAACUCCUCGCUUCAAAGCUCGCCGAUGACUCUGUCUUACUUUCUCAACUCCCUCUCAAGUCUUCUCUCAAGAUGACCAUGAUUGGUACUGUGGAAGAUGAAAUCAUAGUGGACCAAGUCGAGUCUCCGGAGAUUGUUGAUGACUUUGAGCUUGGCCAAGAUGAAGCUGUUGAUAUCAAAGACAACGAAGUUAAUAAGCAGAAAUUGAGGAGGCGCGUAGAUCAGUACAAGAUUGAUCUUCGGAAUCCAUGCCGUGAGGGGAAGAAAUUGCUUGUUUUGGAUAUUGAUUAUACUCUAUUUGAUCACCGGUCUACAGCUGAAAACCCUCUUCAACUUAUGCGUCCUUAUCUUCAUGAAUUUCUUACGGCUGCUUAUGCGGAAUAUGAUAUCAUGAUAUGGUCUGCAACCAGCAUGAAGUGGGUUGAAUUGAAAAUGGGACAACUUGGAGUACUCAACAAUCCUAACUACAAAAUCACUGCUCUUCUAGACCACUUAGCAAUGAUUACAGUCCAAUCAGAUUCUCGUGGGAUCUUCGAUUGCAAGCCUCUAGGCUUGAUUUGGGCUCAUUUUCCAGAGUUCUACAGCUCCAAAAAUACUAUUAUGUUUGAUGACUUGAGAAGGAAUUUCGUGAUGAACCCUCAAAAUGGCUUGACAAUCAAGCCAUUCAAGAGGGCUCAUUCAAGCCGUGAGAGUGAUCAAGAACUUGUGCGACUAACCGAAUAUUUACUUGCCAUUGCCGAACUUGAUGACUUGAGCACCCUAGAUCAUAGUAAAUGGCAGUAUUUUAACGAGGACGGUGUGAAAAGACGGAGGCAUGCUUGAUUGAGAUUAAGAGUUUUGGAAGUCUAGUUUGUUGGUCAUCUCCACUAUUUGAGGUACAUUUUAGUGCCUUUUUCCCUACUGUACUACAUAUUUGCCUAGUUUUUCAUUGUUUCUGUUUCCUUGACAAUACAUGCAAUCAUAUGAUAUUGCUAGGAACUUCUGAAAUCGAUUAGGUAUCGAGACAUGCAUACAUACAUACAUGUAUAUAUAUAUAAAUUUAUAAUAUUUGAAAGACACUUAAUUGUUUAACAGUAACUAUAGAUUUAGGAGAAAAUAAAUUUACAUUGUGUACUUAUGUUGUGUGGUUACUCCAUGCGUAAAUAUUUCGUGUGUACACUCAUGUAUUACAAAUAUAUUUCGUGUGCGACCAUGUUACACCAAGCACUCAUGGAUGAGGACCAUAUAACAUAGAGACAUUUCUCUUCUACAAAUAUAAAAA